GUAAAACGAAGUAAAUCAGAAAACACUUGUUAUAGCCGUAUAGAAGCACGGGCGUGGCUUAUGCUAUGACAUUUUGUCUGUAUAGCAUGAAAAAGACAUGACGUUGGAUUAUAAAAUAGGCCAGUACUUUUACCACUUGUUGUAAGUAGGUUAACCUGAUCCUAUUGUUGCUUUAUUAUGUCCUUCUUCAAGGUCUGAAAGCUAAAACUGGCUGUUCACGAAUGGCUACUUGAAGGAAUGACGGAGACCUUGCAGAAUUUGCCAGCAUGAAAUGACAAAUCCUAGAAGACUUUACUCAGCUGUGGGAAAUAACGGUUUGCACGUUGACUGCGGCACUCAUCACGUCCACAGACUGCAUGCCUCGAAGAUUGUUGCAGUUCCGAAAGGCACGGUUUUUGCCGCAUGACAUCACUGACUGAGCAGGGAGUUUGCGUUGCUGGAGGAGAAAAGACGAAAGCAGCAGCAGACAGCAAGGCGUGUUGUGCUCUUUGUAAGCUGAUAGAGCCAUCAGCGACGCGCGCUCGUGGUACAUUUAAAAGUCCUCUUUGCAAGCUGGAUUUUGAGGAAGAGUAUAGCAGCCUAUAAGUUAUUAGAUUUGCCCUCGCGUUUUCACAUAGGAGUCUGAAACUGCCUUGUUGCUAUGCAACAUAACUGGAACUGUGCAAAACUCAGAAGACACGAACAAAUGAAUCAAUGACAAUAUUAAGAUCCUGUUGUCAGAGUUCCCAGGUGGAAUGAGGGCAGCUGGCUUUCUCGUACUGGCCAACUUUCCAGAUGUUUCCAAACUUUGAGGUUUGUGGCUGAAACCUCGACCAGACACCGUGUGGCGGAAUAGAUCCAUGCAUGUCCACUGAAGUGGCUUCCCCAUACUGUUUUGGCAAGGACCAUGGUGAUGGUGUAAACUUCAUGGUGUAAAUCCGAGCAGUCUUAAUAUGCCCAUGCAGCAGAUUUCUGUGGUACCUGCCAUGAAGGAGAACACAAGCAAUGGCUGGGGUUCUAGCAGAACUAGAGAUAAAAGUAAAGAGAAUGAGAUUGAGAAAGCACCUGGUCGAUCAGGGAGUCGCUCAAGCAACAUUUCAAAGGCGAGUAGCUCCACCAAGGGCUCACUAAAUGAUGCCUGUCGAACAUCGGUCACUCUCUCUAAUCAGGACAUCUGCAGGAUCUGCCACAGCGAGGGCGAUGAGGAGUGUGCUCUCAUCACUCCGUGCAAGUGUACAGGGAGCCUGCGCUUCGUGCACCAGAGCUGCUUGAACCAGUGGAUCAAGAGCUCAGACACACACUGCUGUGAGCUCUGCAAAUAUGAGUUCCUCAUGGAGGCACACCUUAAACCCCUGCGCAGGUGGGAGAAACUGCAGAUGUCUUCUAGUGAGCGGAGAAAGAUCUUCUGCUCAGUGACCUUUCACUUGGUGCCUGUGGCAUGUGUCAUUUGGUCCCUCUACAUCCUCAUUAACCGCACUGCAGAGGAGAUUCGGCAAGGAAAGAACAAUGGGAUUCUGGAGUGGCCAUUCUGGACCAAGCUAACCGUGGUAGUCCUCAGCUUCGCCGGAGGCCUCAUCUUCAUAACUGCCCCGACAACGUCUGCCAUGUGGGAGACACGGUCCUGCCAGCUCCAGGCGCAUAUGGCAUACCAGAGCAGUCAGUCUUCCCUGCUCCCCAGACCCAAACAGGUGCUUCCUGCCCUGCCCCUCCAGGAUGUGCGGAGAUAGCACCUGUUUAACGGAGAACUGUGUGGAAACGAUGGUGGGCUAUUUUUGACACUCAGAACUGACGGGACUAAAAUAAAGGCAGCUGCAUCCCAGUUGUGGUUGUUCACUACUUAGUGUGCACUUUUUUUGUUAGGUGUACUGCCGCAGUGGUAGAACGGUAGUGUUUAACCUGGGGCAGAGUGCAAAAAAGGCACAGGGAAUAUGGAAAGCACUUAUAAAUUCCCCUAUGCCUGUCAUGAGAAGAGUUUGUAGGGGUGCAGUCCCCUGGUAGAACACUGCUGCUGCAUAAAGGCAUUCCAAUGGCAAUUCGGAAUCAGAAAAGAAAGUAUUUUUUAGCUCGGCCAACUUUCACACUUGUCCUGUGACAGCUCAUAAAAUAAUAGGCACAAUUGAAGACACGGCUCAUGUCCCUUUACUAGCAGACUGUUAAAUUCAAGUCUUAAAAUGAGAUAAAAAUCUGCAAACAAAUCUGCAAAAACCUUUAAAAUAUGUCUGCUUCAAAGAGUCUCCUGGUGAACUGGUUGUCUUAAGAUGUCUAAAAUCUUUGCUGUUUUUUUAAUUGUUUUUACAUGUUUCCAAAAUUCUAGAAGUACUGAAAGACCAUUAGUUUUAUUCAUGGCCUCUUACUCCAAUUUCCAUUUCAAUUCCCAACCAUGACCUCAAUCUCCUUUAUACACUAUGACAGGAUUUAGCAAAACGGACUCAACUAUCAUAUAUCCCUUUGGCUAGUGGCUGGGACAGUAGUUGUACCCCAGGAACAU